UGAAAUACAUGCAUUCCCAACUUAAAUUACACUCAUCUUUCAACAUUUAAAUGCAUGUUUUUUUUUUUAAAAAUAUUAUUAUUAUUAUUAUUAAGGGGUAGUGCAUGGUUUAAAAUUAUUACAAUAAUUAAGGUAAUUGAAAAAUUUUGAACCCAAGAUGCAUGUGUAGAACCCAACAUCUUAUUCACAAGAGAUUUUUUUAAUGUGUCAGUAACAUAGAUACACCAAAUGUCACAAUACAAGUGAUUGGAUACUUAAAAAAAAAAAAAAAUUAACACUUGUAUUAUGAGACUUUAUGUACUGUUUAUGUUCUCGGCAUGCUGAAAAUUGUCUCCUGUCUAUUGAACUACCUGUAUUUAAACUCGUGAAACUCCAACGUGUAACCGUGCCAGAAUGACAUUUAGUCCACUUAUUCAAAUUUUACCUGUAUUAAUGUAUCCAAUUACUACAAUGUUAACAAUUGGCUGUACACACCGACUCUCACCAAAAUGCUUGACUGCAUUUAAUUACGAAUUACCAAUUUGCAAAAACUGCCGCUUUGCUUUUAAAUUACAAGACAAAAUUAGACCUCACGUGAAGAAUCAGUAUUUUUCAUAUUUUUCUUACUCACCAAGGAAACGUUACCUCCCAUUAAUCACUAUAUAAACAACUCACACUUUCAACACUUUAGAAACCCUCAAAGAAAUGAGAAAAAUGUGUUCUUCAGUUUGUAACCCUAGCUCCAUUUGCAUUCUGCUAAUCUCUUUCUUGAUCAUGACUCCUUCUCAGGCAUUUGAUCUGAAUUCUAUUUGCAAACAAUCCAUGAACCCGUCAUUCUGUUCUCUGCUCUUAAGUUCGAAUCCCCGCGUGACUGAGGCACUUCUUCGCAGCCUGGCCGGUGUCACCGUAGAUUUGGGAUAUUCCAAUACUACAGCCACUAGAGAUCACAUAGUAAAGUGGAAGAACCGGACGGACAAUCCGGCGUUGCGGCUGAGGUACACAUCUUGUGCCGGAAAUUACAACGAGGCCGUUGCAAAUUUCAAGGAGGCCAAGGAGAAAGCGAAGGUUGGUGACUACAAUGGUGUGAGAAAUGCAGCAGCUGGUGCCUUGGGAGAGUUCAAUGGGUGUUCAGAGAACUUUAAGCAGCCACCAUCUGAACCAACAAGUCUCUGGCAAGAUACUAAGGAUUUGCUAAAUCUUUCUAGUAUUAUAUUAAUUGUUUCUAAUACUUUGCUUCACAAAUGAUUUAUGUUUCCUUUGAUCUCAUGGAUGUCGAGUUCGGUUACUUUUAAUGAAAGAAUUCUCUAUAUGUCUUGUUUUUA